AUGGUGAUACAGGAAAAUAAGAAGAUAAAUGCAGAAAAAAUAAGAAGGAAGUUUGGCUCAUGUUGGAAUUAUGAAGACAACUACAUGCAUCAUGAUAAUGGAAAGGUGUGGUUAUUAUGGAAACCAAAUACUAUGCAUAUUAGAGUGGUGAACGUUUCUGAUCAAUAUAUUCAUGUAGAGGUUUGUACAUUAGAUCGCAUUAUUCAAUAUGCUGCUACUAUUAUUUAUACUUUUAAUCAAUUAGAGAAAAGGAAACUGUUAUGGAAGAGAAUUGAAGCCUUAAGCAUGAAUGUAAAUAGUUCGUGGAUUGUAAUUGGAGAUUUCAACAAUGUUCUCAUAAGUCAAGAUAGAAUUGGGGGCAACAAUGUCACUGAGGCCGAAUAUAAAGAUCUUGCGAACAUGAUGCAAAUUACUGUCCUGUUUGAAGCAAGGACUGCAGAUCUUACAGUGGAGGUGCUAUUGCCAAAUAUUUCAGACCAUGCUCCAUUGAAAGUGACUAUGGUAAAACAGCAAGUCAGUAGAAAAACUAUGUUUAAAUUCAUCAAUUGCACUACAAAAGAUGAAUCAUAUGUCCAGGUGAUCACUAAAAUUUGGCAGCAAAAGAUGGAAGGAACAACAAUGUUUAAGCUUCGGGUAAAGUUGAAAAAUCAGCAGCCUAUUCUACAUAAGUUAAACAAAAAGUACACAAAUAUCCAGCAACAAAUUCAGCAGGCUAGGAGGGUUUUGGAACAGGCACAAAAUGAUCUUAAUUCCAAUUUAUUUGAUGCACAAGCCAUUGAACAUGUAAAGCAUUGUACUGAUCAGCUCACACGUUUAAAUCAGCUUGAGGAAUCUAUCCUAUUGCAGAAAUCAAAGGUAACUUGGCUUACAUUAGGUGACAGAAAUAAUUCGUUUUUCCAUGCAUCUGUAAAGGAGAAGAACAAUCACAAGGGGAUCCACACAUUAACUUCCUUGACUGGAGAAAUAUUGAAUACUCAAGAUAUAAUUGAAAAAGAAAUAAAUUGA